AUGUCCGGCGGCGGAGGGGGACUUCCCGGCGGCGGGGGCGAUGACCCUGACGGGCCCUGGUCUACCGUCGGGAAGAAGAAGAAGCCCAGCGGAGGUGGCACUUCGGGCGGAGGCGACGCCAAUCGUGGCGGAGGCGGCAUCAAUCGUGGCGGAGAUGGCGCCUACGGCGGAGGCGGCUUCAAUCGUGGCGGAGAUGGCCAGUACGGCGGAGGCGGCUUCAAUCGGGGCGGAGAUGGCCAGUACGGCGGAGGCGGCUUCAAUCGUGGCGGAGAUGGCCAGUACGGCGGAGGCGGCUUCAAUCGGGGCGGCAGGAGUGGCGGAGGAGCCCGCUACCACGGCGGAGAUGGCUCGCCAAGCAGAGUUCAGGGAGGAGGAGGCCGCGGCGCUGGCCGCGGGUACCAGCACCAGGCGCAGGGACAGCCGCGUCACGACUACGUCCGCCCGCCGUACUCUCCGAGGAGGACCGCGUCCAGGGACAUGGCGAGCCCGUCCUCGUCGGGGCCCGUUGGCCGAGCAGUUAUCCCCAAUGAAGUCAAACUUUUGGUGAACCACUUUAAAAUCACAUUUGAGGAAUCAACUAUCUUUCGGUAUGAGAUCAAGCUGGCUGAAGAUUCUGAAAAGCUUGAUGAAGAUUCUUCUGGGGCUUCAGUCGUGAAGCUCUCCACGGCAGAUCUGAAAUGUGCAAAGGCUCAACUCUUUAAGAUACUAAAGGAUCCUCCACACCCAUUGGCUGUUGCUUAUGAUGGAAAGGGUGAUCUGUUCACCUUUACCAGACUGCCAGAGAGAGUAUACACUGUGAAAGUCGGGUCACGGAACUAUAAUGCAUCAGCAGAGCUUAAGCAGGAGCUGUCGUUAAGCCAGCUAGAUCAUCAGCCUGUGCCAGCAAAUGUCCUGCGGUGCCUUGAUGUCAUUGUGCGCGAGGCCUCUAGCUUGGACAAGAUUAUCAUUGGGCCAAGAUUUUAUAUGCCAGAGUGGUCUGCAGGGAAUGAGACUCCGCGUUAUGCUAUUACUACCAGUUCUCUCAAAGGGACCAAGCAGACGCUAAAACCCACCAAGCAAGGCAUGGUCCAGUGUGUAGACUAUUCAGCUAUGGAAUUUUGCCAACCUGAAACCAGUGUUCUGAAUCUCGUGAAGGACUUGCUGAACCGCAUUGAUGUCAGGGAGCCCUUUGCAGAUCUAACCGAGAAUGGGCGGAAAUAUUUGGAGGGCCAGCUUAAAGGCCUCUGUGUUACCUUGAGUUACCAGAAGUCCUCUGUAGGCCGGAAGUACAAGGUUCAAGGCUUGACAGAUGAGCGUGCUGAACAGAUGACCUUCUUCGAUUUCGACGAAGACAAGAGUAGUGAGAUUUGGAGCCUUUCUGAUUAUUAUCUGAAGAAGCAUGGGAAGGUGAUUAGGCAUAACAAGCUUCCAUGCUUGGUUCUGAACAAGAAUCCAGAAAGACCGAAUUAUGUCCCCAUUGAGUUGUGUAAUCUUCAUGGAUGGCAGAAGUAUCCCAAGGAUCCCAACCAGAAACCACAAAAGCCAGUCUCUGCAUCUAAACGGAAAGAGGAGAUUCUGCGGAUGGUAAAAGCUGGGCCCUGCAGAGGUAACCGAGGCAAGCAGUUCAACAUUACACUGGUGAAAGAAAUGACAGAAGUCAUGGGCAAGGUCCUUCCUGCCCCCAUGCUAAAACUCGGCGACUCCUCCAAAUUCAGAAUUGGCUCCCCUAACUGCCAGUGGAACCUUCGUGGUCGCACAAUAUCUGAAGGCAAGAGACUCCGGAACUGGGGCAUUUUGGAUUUCAGCGCUCAAGAAUCGCGCCCCAGGAAGGAAGCGCUUGAUGUGAAAAUGUUCACUAGCUACAUCGUCAGCAAGUGCUGUGAACUUGGCAUUGAGAUGCAUGAGGAACCAUGCUUUAAGCUUCCAUCAAAAAUGUCAGUGCUAUCAGAUCCAAGCCAACUGUUGGAGGAGCUCAGGCAAGCAGAACAGGCUGAUGAGCUGCAGCUCCUCUUCUGCCCGAUGUCCGAGCAGCAUCCUGGUUACAAGACACUGAAACUGAUCUGCGAGACGCAGCUGGGGAUCAAGACCCAGUGCUUGUUGAGCCACCACGCAAACAAACACCAGGACCAGUACAUGUCAAACCUUGCUCUGAAGAUCAACAGCAAGCUCGGUGGAAGCAACGUUCAGCUCUCUGACAAGUUCCCACGGGUGGCUGGCACGCCUUUUAUGUUCAUCGGCGCGGAUGUGAACCAUCCAUCCCCAGGAGACAAAGAGAUAUGUCAGGACGGCUACUUGCCGACGAUUACAGUGAUCGUGGCCAAGAAGCGGCACAGCACACGGCUGUUCCCGUUCCCCAGCACACACAAGGAGCAACAGACGAAUAGCGGCAACGUGCUCCCUGGAACGGUUGUCGAUGCCGAGGUGGUCGACAAGCCGGAUGAGGACUUCUUCCUCUGCAGCCACGAGGGGCUGCAUGGGACGAGCCGGCCGACCCACUACUACAUGCUGUGGAACGAGCACGGCUUUCAGCCUGUCGACAUGCAGAAGCUUGUCUACAGCCUCUGCUUCAUGUUCGCUCGCUGCACCAAGCCGGUGUCGCUGACGACGCCCGUAAAGUAUGCCGACCUCGCGGCCUACCGCGGCAGGGACUACUACAUGGCGUCCCAGGCCCAGAAGGCUGGGCCAUCGUCCUCGGCCUCUGUGAAUGCUUCUGUGUUACCGGAGAUGCACGCGGCUGUCAGGGACAGCAUGUUCUUCAUCUGA